GAUGAUUGGCCAACGUAAACAUCAAUCACAACUUCUUCCAAUUCCCUUUCCUGGCAACGGCCUCAUACCCGGAAGUUGUCUACACCGCGAAAUAUCAACAGUUCAACUUGAAAGCGGUAGAAAAACAAUAGAAAAUGUCCUUUAAAAGUAGUCUCUACUGGACUUACCGCAAAGGUCAAAUCGAUGAAACGUUUGGUUACAUGAGCUGGCUGUAAUGCAGCGGAGUAAAGCGUCCGUGAGAGUGGAAGUGAAGCAGGUGAUUGGAGCUCUGUGCAGACUGCUAGCGGCCACCGGUCUGGAUCCUGUCCCCACACCGGAGAACUUCCGACGGGCCAAGUUCGGUGGUGGACUCGAGGUGACAACUCUCUUCUUGUUUUUGCCUCAGGAGGAUCAGUUUUGGCAGCUCCUUGCCAAAAUCCUUCAGCCAUCGAGCACUGUUUCCUGGGAAGCUAGUGUACAGCUAGGAGGAGCCGUAGACUACAGGAAGCUGGUAGCUGCAGGCCUCUGGCAGACUGGCUACCAUGCUGACUGGAUGUAUGGGAGGCAGGGAGGAGAAGGAGAGGAGGGAGGGGAGGGAGGGAGAUGCUCCAGCAGAGACCUCCUCCUGGCGCUGGGCUGGCUGCUGGCUACAGGAAAACUGGAGAAACUGCUGACACAGCGAGUACAGCAACUGGACCAAACACUACUCACACCUACACCUGUUGACACUCAGCUUUCCAGUGAGCUCCAGUUAGACUCGGCAUCCCUGAGGAAACUUCAGUGGCUCAUUGGUUGUCUGAGAUACCAGGGGCGGACGCUGCUGUCCAUGCAAGAAGAGCGAACCCGCUUGCUCCAUGCUGUUUUUUUUGCCAGCCUUCCCUCCUCGGUAUCCUUGUCCUCCUCUGAUCAAAGCUCAACAGUGCUAAGGAAGGACUGUGUUUGUAUGCAGCAGCUCUGUGACCUCCUAGAAGCAUAUCUGAACUGGAGACAGGUGGAGAAAGUCUUCUGGACCUGGAUGGACAGCGUGGUGGACUGCCAUCUGACAGAUCCUGUUGUCAAGAGGCCUACACAUUCACCCAAUAAGGGCGCAAGAGUGUGUCACCAUGGCAACCGGGGCUUAGAGAAAUUGGAGGACAUGCUAUUGAAACUGCCUACAGGACAGGAUGCGCAGAGGAGAGGCGGAGGGGAUCUUGAGGACAGAGAAGAAGGACGAGAGAGGUUACACGGUGGAUCGGACGCCUGUUGCCCCCCUCUUCUCUCCUCUCUCCCUUGCCUGGCCUCCCAGCCCCAGGUCUACCGAGCCAAGCUCCAGACUGAGAAGCCAGUCAGACACAGCCGCCUCCCAGGAGAGGGGGCCUACGGCGGGGCCGAGAAUCCGGGGGAGGUCCCGGCGUCUCGGGCCGUGCAGCAGCUCCUUCAGACAGAGGCGCUGCUGGUGGAGAGGCGGGACAGACAGAGACUGGCCAAUAGGAUGCAGCUGCAGAAGAUGAUUGGCAGACUGGACCAACUGAUGUUGAUACCACCAUAGACUUUUUUUUCUUUUCUUUUUAAUCCUCAACCUGCUGAUUUGAGUUUAAAAAUAAACACAAUAUGGACUUUCAUUUUUUUAGUUAGCCAAAUAUUCCCUUGACAUUAGGAUGAAACCAUAUACUCUUUCACAAGUAAAUAAGCUUUCAACACCUUGAA